ACGAGCCCCCGCGGCCCGAGCCGCCGCCGCCGCUGCCCUUGCCGCCGCCCCCGCCGCGGGAGUCGGCUUCCCGGGCCGAGCGGCCGCCGCGGGAGACAGUGCGCCUGGAGCUGGUGCUCAAGGACCCCACCGACGAGAGCUGCGUGGAGUUCAGUUACCCGGAGCUGCUGCUGUGCGGGGAACAACGGAAGAAGCUCAUUCAUACAGAAGACCCAUUUAAUGAUGAGCGUCAGGAGAGGCAGGAAGUGGAAAUGUUGGCUAAGAAGUUUGAAAUGAAAUAUGGUGGGAAACCCCGUAAACACCGGAAGGAUCGGCUACAAGAUUUAAUUGAUAUAGGCUUUGGCUAUGAUGAGACAGAUCCAUUUAUUGAUAACUCAGAGGCUUAUGACGAAUUAGUUCCUGCUUCUCUUACAACAAAAUAUGGAGGCUUUUAUAUCAACACUGGCACGCUACAGUUUCGUCAAGCUUCAGAUACUGAAGAAGAUGAUAUUACAGACAACCAAAAGCACAAGCCACCCAAAGUUCCCAAAAUAAAAGAAGAUGAUAUUGAGAUAAAGAAGCGGAAGCGGAAAGAGGAAGGGGAAAAGGAGAAGAAGCCAAGGAAAAAAGUACCCAAACAACUUGGAGUUGUGGCUCUAAAUUCACACAAAUCUGAAAAAAAGAAGAAACGUUAUAAAGAUUCUCUUUCUCUAGCUGCCAUGAUUAGAAAAUUUCAGAAAGAGAAGGACGCAUUAAAGAAGGAGUCUAGCCCAAAAGUCCCGGUGACCUUGUCAACCUCCUCUCUGAAUAAACCCCCCUGUGCUGCUGCAGCAUUGGGGAAUGAUGUCCCGGACUUAAAUCUGAACAGUGCUGAUCCAGACCUGCCCAUUUUUGUUAGCACAAAUGAACAUGAACUGUUUCAGGAAGCUGAAAAUGCCCUAGAGAUGCUAGAUGAUUUCGACUUUGACAGAUUACUGGAUGCUGCUUCUGAUGGUAGCCCCCUAUCUGAGUCAGGAGGAGAAAAUGGAAACACCACCCAGCCAACCUACAUAUCUCAGGUUAUGCCCAAGGUGGUACCUACACUUCCAGAGGGUCUACCUAUACUUCUUGAAAAACGUAUUGAAGACCUCCGUGUAGCUGCCAAACUUUUUGAUGAAGAAGGAAGGAAAAAAUUCUUUACACAGGAUAUGAAUAAUAUUCUUCUAGACAUUGAGUUACAGCUACAAGAACUAGGCCCUGUCAUUCGUAGUGGUGUCUACUCCCACCUUGAAGCUUUUGUGCCAUGCAAUAAAGAAACACUGGUAAAACGUCUAAAGAAGUUGCAUCUCAAUGUCCAGGAUGAUCGUUUAAGGGAACCUCUGCAAAAACUGAAACUGGCCGUUAGCAAUGUCAUGCCUGAACAGCUAUUCAAAUAUCAAGAGGACUGCCAGGCUCGGAGUCAAGCUAAGUGUGCCAAAUUGCAAACAGAUGAAGACCGAGAAAAAAAUGGAUCUGAGGAAGAUGAUGAUGAGAAACCUGGGAAACGUGUUAUAGGACCAAGAAAGAAAUUCCACUGGGAUGAUACCAUCAGAACUUUGUUAUGUAACCUUGUUGAGAUCAAAUUGGGAUGCUAUGAGUUAGAGCCAAAUAAAAGCCAGUCUGCUGAGGAUUAUCUUAAAUCCUUUAUGGAGACAGAGGUGAAGCCCUUGUGGCCUAAGGGCUGGAUGCAGGCAAGAAUGCUUUUUAAAGAAAGUCGAAGUGUACAUAAUCAUCUUACUUCUGCUCCGGCAAAGAAAAAGGUGAUUCCUGCACCUAAACCCAAAGUAAAGGAGGUGAUGGUAAAGACCCUUCCUCUCCAUUCUUUCCCCACUAUGCUGAAGGAGUGUAGUCCCAAAAAGGACCAGAAAACUCCUGCGUCCAUGGUGGCUUCAGCUGGCGGUCCUCCAACAAGCUCCAGCACAUCUGUGGUUGCUGCAGCCAGUGCUAGCUCCGCACCAUCCCAAGAAACCAUCUGCCUCGAUGACUCAUUAGAUGAAGACCUUUCUUUCCAUUCACCUUCACUGGAUCUGGUUUCUGAAGCUUUAGCUGUUAUCAACAAUGGGAACAAGGGCCCUCCAGUUGGUUCAAGGAUAGGCAUGACAACUACAAAGCCUCGCCCAGGACUGAGAGAAGAAAAGCUCGCAAGUAUCAUGAGUAAGCUGCCACUGGCCACUCCCAAAAAACUAGAUUCUACUCAGACUGCACAUUCUUCAAGUCUUAUUGCUGGUCACACAGGACCAGUACCAAAGAAACCCCAGGAUUUAGCUCAUACUGGCAUCUCUUCAGGCCUUAUUGCUGGUUCUUCAAUUCAGAACCCUAAAGUUUCUUUAGAACCUUUGCCAGCCAGGCUACUUCAGCAAGGACUGCAGAGGUCAAGCCAGAUUCACGCUUCUUCCUCUUCACAGACUCACGUCUCCUCUUCUUCCCAAGCCCAAAUUGCUGCCUCUUCUCAUGCUCUGGGAACACCCGAGGCCCAUGAUGCUUCUUCGCUAACACAAGUAACAAAGGUGCACCAGCAUUCAGCUGUCCAACAGAACUAUGUGUCUCCAUUACAAGCAACCAUUAGUAAAUCACAAACCAACCCAGUGGUGAAAUUAAGUAAUAAUCCCCAACUCUCCUGCUCAUCCCCACUUAUUAAGACUUCAGACAAGCCACUUAUUUACCGCCUUCCCUUGUCUACCCCCUCAUCUGGAAAUGGUUCUCAAGGGUCCCAUUCCCUGGUUUCUAGGACAGCACCUAGCACCACUACCUCCAGUAACUAUUUAGCCAAGGCUAUGGUGUCACAAAUCUCCACGCAGGGUUUCAAAUCUCCCUUCACAAUGGCUGCAUCCCCCAAACUUGCCGCAUCUCCCAAACCUGCCACGUCUCCGAAGCCCCUGCCCUCGCCUAAGCCUUCUGCCUCACCCAAGCCCCCCCUGUCAGCUAAGCCUUCAGUAUCAACUAAACUUAUUUCUAAAUCCAACUCAACUCCCAAGCCUACUGUAUCCCCAAGCUCUUCCAGUCCAAAUGCACUAGUAGCCCAGAGUAGCCACUCCAGCAGUAACAACCCAGUCCAUAAACAGCCUGGUGGAAUUAACAUCAGUAGACAGUCUCCCACCUUGAAUUUGUUGUCCUCUAAUCGCACUUCAGGCCUUUCGUCUACAAAAAAUCUUCAGGCCCCUUCAAAGCUAACAAACUCAUCAUCCACUGCAACUGUUGGAAAGAAUAGCUUGAGUGGAAUUACAAUGAAUGUACCUGCCAGCAGAGGUAGCAACCUUAACUCAAGUGGAGCUAAUAGGACUAGUCUAUCUGGGGGAACAGGAAGUGGAAUACAGGGUGCUACUAAACCGUUGUCUACUCCACAUAGACCAUCCUCUGCCUCAGGGUCUUCGGUAGUAACAGCCAGUGUGCAGUCCACAGCAGGAGCGUCAUUAUUGGCUAAUGCCUCACCUCUGACUCUCAUGACAUCACCUUUGUCUGUAACAAAUCAAAAUGUGACUCCUUUUGGGAUGCUGGGUGGCCUAGUUCCAGUGACCAUGCCCUUCCAGUUUCCCUUGGAGCUACUUGGCUUUGGAACGGACACAGCUGGAGUGACAACCACCUCGGGAUCUACCUCAGCCGCUCUCCACCAUAGCCUAACUCAGAAUUUACUAAAGGGUUUACAGCCAGGAGCUCAGCAUGCAGCAACACUUUCCCACUCACCUCUGCCUACACACUUACAACAAACAUUUAACGAUGGAGGCCAAAGCAAAGGGGACACUAAAUUACCACGAAAAUCUCAGUGACUUCCCAGCAAAUAAAGGAGAUGAAACACUUGUUUGGCUGAUGGAAUCUACCUGAUGGGAAAGUACUUAUGUGGUCAUAGGGCUGCUGUUUCUGUCGAUGUUUACAUUCUCUCGUCCCAAGCACUGUGGUGAGGAGGAAAAAGAAAAGAAAACAUUACUUGAGCAAAACCAGGUGCAGGAGGAAGAAAUGCUUUUGUGCAAAGUUAGUGACCUUGGUCUCUUCUCAAGAAAGACAAAGUUACCAUAUUAAGUGACUUGAAAGAAACUCAGUUGUCAAACCCACAAAAGUACAAAUUUGAUUUUUCCCCGGGGAGGCAAAGGAAGCUGAGAGGAUUUGGGUAAACUCCAUCCAUCCUGGGGGUUGGAUCUGAACACUUGUAGACAUAAUUGCAUAAUAAAAGGCAAUAUAUCUGGAAUUAGGCCAGUUUGUCAGGAGUAAUGAUCAUGUCUGUUUGAGUAGACUAUGUAGCAGAUUUGCCACAAAAAAAUUUAAUGACUCUAAGUCUGAUACAGACAGUAGCUGAAGAAAUAAUGUCCCCUCAAAAAUCCUGAGCAAACUUGAAUCUUCUCCAGUGUGUAGCAACUCCCCAUGUAAAUCAGUAAACUAAAAAUGCUUCUAGAAAGUUACUUUAGCACAGUGAUAUAUUUUAUUAAAUUAUCUGAAUUUUUUAAAGUCAGGAAGUUGAGCCUGUUGCUCAUAACAGACAAAACCUAGGUGUCCCCUUUUUGUAAGAGGGUCAGUUUCAGCUUCCAUUAGAGCAGGUACUUAACUUUUCUUCAGGUGAUUUGUGCAUCUGGUAUUGACUGGUUAACUCUUUUUGCAUUCUCGAUGCUGAAGUGUGACUGUGUUCACAUUUUUCUCUUGAAGAGUGGGUUCUUUAUAGGGCUACUGUUUUGUUGUCCUUAGCCCUUGCAGCAGCAUGAACUGUAAGUUCCCCCAACUGUAAGGUGAGGAUGUCACCUCACUUCCCAACUUCCCCUUCUGUUCUUUUAACCAGUGGUACUUCAGGUGAUUAUUAGCUGUUGCUAUAAACAGGUAGAAGCGUGUACUAUGUUUCUUCACUGGUCAUUCAAUGGCAUGAGUAUAGUUUUUGAAUUUUUAAGAUGGUAUUUUAAAGGGAGGAAUUACAUCAGGAUAAUAAUCACAAUGUAUGUUUACUCCCUAUAGCCAGUGUAGUGAAGUUGUUUGGAGCAUUUGGUAUCCUAAAGCUUUACUAAUAUUCACUCAGAGUAUUGAUGUGUGAGUAAACCUGCAGAUAGUAGACUCCUUAGUUAUUGUAGCUUCCUUAUGCAGAUAGCAUAGUCAACAAAGGAUAUUAAGGGAAACGUAAUUCUCUUUGGAUACAUUGUAUUCUAUUGCCUCUUGAUCAUUCUAGUUUUUUAAGCUUCUGAAUAUUUUCAAACUUUAUCCAAGAAUGGUGUAAGCUCCAAAUGGUGUAAGUUUCAUCCAUUUAUAAUGACAGACUAACCUAAAAAAACAAUAUUAGAAUGGCAGUAGCAAGAUUUCUUGCGUGAUUUUAUUAUCUAUUACCCUAUACCAUUAAGUUUAUUCAAAUAAGAGUAUUAACUAAGCCCUUUUUACAGACAAAAGUCCCAGAUAGCCACAGGACUGUGAAUAAAUAACCACAGAUCUAUUCAGAUCUGUAUGCCUAUAUUUUGACUUCAAAGUCACAUUGGCUUGCUUCAUAGCAAAAAAGUUAAUAAAUAACUGAAAACUUUAGUUCCAAGAACUUGUUACGGUUAAGGGAAAAGAUUACUUCAAAGAAUCAUUGAUACAGUUUUGACUUUAAGAGUUUAGUUUUCCAACAAAACAAAUACAGAUGUUGUAUGAACCCCAGUAGGUAUUUUGGAAGGAUACGGGGAGGAUGUUGUAGACAGAUUUGACUUGAAUUCAGUGUGUUUGAUUAAGGUUUGCUUGAUUUCAAUUACCCAAUUCUUGAUUUAUUCCAAUAUAGCAGACCUCUUGCUUUUAUCAAAUUUGAAAAAAACAAAACAAAAGGUCUUUGCUAAUACUAGGGUAAAUGAUGAGACUUUUCCUUUGGGAAGGUAUCCUUUGUUUUAUUUCUCAUUACAGGAGAGAAGUCAGAGUACAUAUUCAUCUCUCUUCCUGCUGAUAAUUGUACAUGUUUUCAUCUCUGUGUGUGAACAUGUAUACACAUACAUAUAUUAAUAUAAAUGACUAAUUUGAGUUAAAAAAUAAUUUUGAUUUCUGUAAUCCAUCAGUUCUGAGUCAUGUCAUAUAAAGAUCACUGAUGACUCUUUGUCAUCAUUAGAAAAGAGCAGCAUAAUCAGUUCUUCCCCCUGUGUCAUUUUAUACUAACCAGUAGAAGCAUCUGAAGGCCCUUGGCUCCUAGAAUAUAAUAUGGAGAUUAUGUUCUGUUCUCUUUAGUAUUGGACUGCUGUCAGAUCCCCACCUUCAAUCCUCUCCCAUUUUCACAGACCACUUGCGUUCAUUUCAGUCAAGACCCCCCUUUUACAUUAUACAGAUCACCCAAGCAUCCUUGCAUUUCUUUGUAGAUAAAGUAUGAUCAGAGAAUUUCUCCAUGUAAAUACAAACCUAUUUUCUUUCUAGAUCAUAACAUUGAAAAUGGUGUCCAUACUUUAUGGUCACCUGUCCUUACAGUUUUUAUUUCUAAAAAAGCAAACAUAUAAAUUGGUUAUUUUUUAGCACAGAGACUUGUGACUCAUACUGUAUUUUUGCACUUAAAAAUCAAAUUAUGUUAUUUUUUAAAAAGGUGAGUAAUUGGAAAGGAUAUCUAUAGAGCAAUGUGUAUUUCUGAAGAGCAUUAGCAACAUCCAAAUGUAGGAUUAAUCAGCACACUUAAUUACAUCCCACUCAGCGGGAUUCUUGAUUCAGGAAGAUUAAGCUAUUUGUUUUCAACUGUCUUAUGUUUUAAAUUGCCUUCACUGAUAUAUAAGCUGUUACUGUACAUACAAGUUAAUCCUCAGUAUUCACAAGCAAUAAUGGUCAGCAGAGUUGUCCUCAGAGACAGCAGUGCUGAGCCUUGGUUGGAGACUGGGAGCAAAGUGUCAAGCUCACUUAAGAGCCUCCAGAAUAAAUGCAAGCAAUAAUUUCCUUUAUAAGUUGAUUAGAAUUCUUUUUCAUAUGCUUCUGAGGUCAGAUGGUAACUGAAAUCAUGAUUUUAAGACAGCCUGAAGAAGAAGGUUUUGGGAAAAGAAGUAAGGUUAAUCUGUAGUCACAAAAUCCUGAUACUUUAAGGAAAAUCAGAGAAUUGUGUUAGUGCAUUCUUUCAUGCCCACCACCCCUUUGAUGGAUGUUGUUAGCCCAAAUUAUGUUUUUUAUAUCAUAGACAUUGAAUGGGGUUUAUUGCAUCACCAAGGUAAAGAGAAGAACCGGGCACAUACACGUUUUAGUACUGUGGGUUUGACACCUGUUUGGAAACAAUUUAUUGGAAAUGAAAUUUAACCCAGGAUAUUUUUUUUUCCCAAAGCAGAUCUAAAUUGUUUACUACCCAUGACGGGUAAGGGAGGGCACCUCCAGUCUUUCUCCUCCAGUUGCCCUCUCAUACACCCCUUUCCACCUCUACUUGGUUCAAGACAUUUUCUGAAAUGAAAAUUCUACUGUUAUUCAAACUGCCAUUGAUUAUGAGAACUCUAUGUCCUUUGGGAUCAUCUCUUAGAACUCCAGUUAUCUAUCAUAUUUGCUGCUACAUUUGUAAAAUGGACUUUGCCUGUAUUGGUUGACUUUAAUGUAAUUGCAGUUCUUUAUUUCUAGGAGGUUUUAUUCUAUAAGUUGACCCCUGUAUAGAAUUAGGAUACUUUAUUUUAGGAGUGUACCGUAAAAGCACACUGGUCCCUAUAUUGUUUUUAUAAUUUAGGUAUUGAAUUUGUGUUUGCUUUUUGUUUGUUGGUUUUUGUUAUGUUUGUUUUUUAAGUUGGAAAUAGAAGAAUGAGAAAAAUCUCUAAUCAGGCCAAACUUGAGAACUCUCCCUGUGCUUCAGCACUAUAAUGUCUGCUGAUGUAAUGUUCUCAAAAGAGGCACUUUUACUUUCUAUUGCGCAUGUAUGAUUGUUUUUUGUUUUGUUUUUUGCUUUUGAGGGGCUUUUGUUUUUGUAACAAUGACGCAGAAGAAAAGUGCAGUAGUAGAUAAAUGAUCACAAACAUGUUAUGCAACUUUAUUUUAUAAAAUUUUAAGGGGAAAAGUUUAACUCUGUAAAUCAUUUCUUAGCUCUGGUAAAAUGCUUAUAUUACUCCUCUAAAACAUGCUCAAUUCAGGCCUUUGUCUUUGUUAAGUGCCUUUUUUUCUUUUUUUCCCCUUUUGAAACUGUUCUCAGAUAUCUUUAAGUACAGAUUGAUAAGUCAGGGGAUUCAGGAGGAAGAAUCUCAAACUUGCCAAUGUCAUGUCAUGCUGUAAUUCUCUUCCUCUUUAUAUGUAUAUGGAUAUAUGUGUAAGAUACAUGCAUACAUAUAAAACUAUUCGCUGCUGUACCAUUGCAUCCUCUCCGAACACUUCCCCUUCAGUGUUUGCAAAACUUCUGCCUUGUUUAUUCCAUUGCUUUUAGUUGAUUAAAAUGAGCGGAUUGGGAAAUUACUUUUCACACGAUGCCAUUUUCCCCCUUUGAAUAUGUUUGUAGAAGUUAACAAAAAAGGUAUAUCUAGAUACACAUAUAAGUCAGUUAUUAAAAGUAAAAUAAAUUUAGUGGAUCAUU